GCUCGGUGGUGCAAGUAGGGGCGGUGCAGCUAUGUUAUCUGCGAAGGGUUUUGGACAGACGACCAAUAUGGCGGUGCAGAAGGCGGUCUGCUUGCUGACGGCCGACCCGGCCUCCGGGAGCAAUGUCUGCGGCGUCGUUCGCUUCGAGCAGCAGAGCGGUGGAGCGGUGCACCUUGAAGGCCGAAUUCAGGGAUUGACUCCAGGGAAGCAUGGAUUCCAUGUCCAUGAAUUUGGAGACAACACAAAUGGAUGUACCAGUGCUGGUGCUCACUUCAACCCUGAAAAUCAAACACAUGGCGGGCCAGAAGAUGAAGUGAGGCAUGUUGGUGAUCUUGGAAAUGUGGAGGCAAAUGGUGCGGGUAUGGCAGACGUGGACAUAAUAGACUGUAUUAUUUCUCUCUCGGGGCCACAUUCAGUUAUUGGACGUACUCUGGUGGUUCAUGCAAAACCGGAUGAUCUGGGCAGAGGAGGAAAUGAUGAGAGCUUGAAAACUGGAAAUGCUGGUGCUCGCCUAGCUUGUGGUGUGAUUGGACUGGCUAAGGCCUAGAUGCGCCAAGAAGAGCGCUGAACACUAAAAAGCAACAUGUCACAUGUAUUUGUGGAAUUUUUUCCAAUUAUUUGGCUUUGUUUAGGGUAUAAAGCAACCAGCUAAUGUUAUGGCUCUGUUAAACUGAAUGUAAGCUGACAAGUCUUAUUUUGUACACCUGUAAUUAAAGGCAUUAUGAAACGCAA